GAAAUCUCCGGAGGAACCCAAACGCAGCACGUCGCCUGUCGCCUUUGACCGGAACGGUUCACUUUAAAGUUACCGACAAUGUUUCCCGUGUGGAGAAAAGUGAAUUUUGUUCGCGCUGCAGCGGAUAUUUUCUUAUUGCCGCAGAAACGAGUGCAAUCUGUGUGCAGCGAGCGGAGAUCUCCAUGUUUGAGUCUCACCCGGAGGUGUUCCGGGAGGCGCUUCAACGUCCCGCCGAGCGCUGAGUUCGUGGCUCGGGUGUCUGGGAUCCCCACCAUGGCUAAACUACCGUACCGGGAGUUGGCCGACGGGCUGGACGCGGCGUUUGUUGGCGUCCCCAUCGAUACCGGGACGUCGAACCGACCUGGAGCAAGGUUUGGCCCACGACAGAUCAGGGUGGAGUCUGCCUUGCUGAGGGCGUACAACAGCGGCACCAGGGCGGCACCCUACGAGUCUCUGGUGGUUGCUGACAUUGGGGAUGUCAAUGUGAACUUAUUUGAUCUGAAGGACACCUGCAAGCGCAUCAGGGAGGCAUACAGGAAGAUCCUGGCUACUGGCUGCAUCCCUCUGACUAUGGGUGGAGAUCAUACUAUUGCUUAUCCCAUCCUGCAAGCUGUUGCUGAGAGGCACGGCCCGGUGGGUUUGGUUCACGUGGAUGCUCAUGCUGACACCAGUGAUGUGGUUCUGGGAGAGAAGAUUGGUCACGGGACGCCGUUCAGACGCUGUGUGGAGGAGGGGCUCCUGGACUGCAACAGGGUGGUUCAGAUCGGCCUGAGAGGUACAGGGUACUCCCCUGACUCGUAUGAAUGGAGCCGGGCUCAGGGUUUUCGUGUGGUCCAGGUUGAAGAGUGCUGGUUCAAAUCCCUCGCUCCUCUAAUGUCUGAGGUGCGGGCUCAGAUGAGCAGCGGUCCAGUCUAUCUCAGCUUUGAUAUUGAUGCACUUGAUCCAGGCUUUGCUCCUGGAACGGGUACCCCAGAGAUCGCUGGGCUCACUCCCGCACAGGGAGUUGAGAUUAUUCGGGGCUGUCGAGGGCUGAACCUCGUUGGAUGUGAUCUCGUUGAAGUUUCUCCACCCUACGACACCACAGGAAACACCGCUCUGACUGGAGCCAACCUCCUUUUUGAAAUGAUGUGUGUGCUCCCAAAGGUGAAAUACUACUGAGCUGAACAUAACCGAACCGGUUAAAUCGCUAAAGAAUUGUGAAUUACAGAUGUCCAAGAGUCGAUAAUCAAUUCUUCAUGUUAAAUGAUGUUAAUGUGCCAAACGCUACUUUUUAAACACAGCGCUGUGAGGAAUGAGACCUGGUAUUUUGUUUCUGAGUACAGAAUAAUAGAUACAUGUUUAAAAGCACCAUUAACUUAGAUAUGUAGCUUUUUAUCUCCUCUAGUAAGAUGGACAACCAAAGAUUUAGUAGUGAUGAUGACGUUAUAAAAUUUGCUAUCCGGAGUUUUCCACUUUCAGGAGUUUUGUAUGAUAUUUUACAAAUCCGUAAAAGUGAUAGUCUUACCCUGUACUGUGAGGCAAUACAUCUGUCCCAUAGAGCUCCAUGCAAAAUGAACUGAGCGCCAGUCAGCUCUAACCAAUGGCAUUAGAGUAUCGCUUAUGUACAGACGUUGUGUUUAAAGACGUACCUUGGUUGAUUAGGGAUGUAAGAAAAUGUCGAUAUGGCAAUAUAUCAGUGUUUUUUCCUGCGACAUUAUAUUGAUAUUCAACAGCCAUUUAUCACAUUUUUAGAAGAAUUUACAUGCAAACAUUUGCGUAUUUUCUUUUGGGGGGGAGGGGGGGGGCAUUCAAAGCUGACCGCUAGAUGGCAGCAGGGUGCAAUGGGCUUUGUUUCCACCACUUAAAUGUAAAUCCCUCUAUUAUGGUUCAGAUGCCUCAUGUUAAACAUGUUACGUAUCAGUUUGGACUGUUUAUAGAAUUUUCCUACAACAAUUUCAGUCUUAAAAAAUCGCAAAUAUCGUCUGGCACCAAUGUAUCGCAAUAUAUCUUGAUACAUUGUAUCGUCUCCCCUGUAUCGUGAUACGUGUCAUGUCGCCGGAAUUUUACCAAUACAAUGAUGCAGGUUGGCGAUCUUUCUCAUCAACAAGUAAGUCUUUAAAAUAUAAAUAUAUAUAUAUAUAUAUAUAUAUAUAUAUUUUUUUUUUCAUUUGUAUUAUGACCUUGUUUCUUUUUAUUGAUCUUUAUUCAUUUGGCUUUAUUUUGUAUUUUAGUCUCGUUUUAAUUUUGAUGUGAUUUUUUGUUCUGUGACGCUAAAUAAAUCACCCUUACUAAUCUCUCUCCUGAACUAGCCUACUGGAUUCAUCUCGUAGGGGAUAAACGGCGCGUUGAGACAUUUUGUCCACAAUUCGUUUUGGUGUUUAACAAUUGAAUGUUGUACAUGUCAUGGUCAGUUUUAAAAUAAAACCUCUUUAAUUGCGUCAGUAA